GAUAGAUUGGGUUGUGGAAAGAUUAGCUUUGCGCGAAAGAUCUGAGCAAAAGCUGAGGCCGCUGGUCAAGCAGAUCGCAGUGGGAAACUGCUUGCAAAAAGAAGCGACAAGAUGGAGCCGCUGUUCUGGUAUUUGCGCGGAUCGUAACAUGGGCGUUUUGCUUGUCUGUUUGCCGACCCCGCAUGGCGCUUCGAGAGGAAUGGUUCGAUCGGGCCCAGGCUCAAAGUUCCGAGAUGGCGACAGGCUUGGCCCGUCGAUGAUAUCGGCAAGACAUCAAAGAUGCCGCAUGUAGCAUGUUAGACCAGCACGAUCCGACUUCACACACAGGGACAUGAUGAGCCAAGAGGCAUGCCUCCUACCAACCCCUCACGUACCAUCCUGACCGCGCCGCUCUCUCGUCGCUGCCAUAUUAUUGUCGCUACUCCAAGUGCCGCCGCUGCCCGGAAUUCGUCGACGUCAUCACCACCAUGGUGUCGCUACAGCACACGACCUUCGAUACCAGCACCAGCACGUAGAAAUGGCAAGAGGUCGAUUUUAUCGACGCCGCGAAGCUAUGCCACCAUAGCUGGAGACCCAAUGUCAGCGGGCUCACCGGACCCGUCAUCAUCUUCGGCACCACCAGCGAGCGACAUGCCCUGGCCAAAGGCACCCAAAGGCCACUCGCAUCCGACUCCUUACCAAAUUCUUUCCACCACAGAAGCCGAGCCCUACAGUAAACGCCGCUUCUACGAGCUCGUGAAACUCUACCAUCCGGACUCUGGCGCAUGUGAGAAACAUCACCAUCAUCAUAGCGUGCCACAACCACUACGUCUUGAGCGCUAUCGUCUCGUCGUAGCAGCCCACACCAUUCUCUCAGACCCGGACAAGCGAAAAAUGUACGACAGAUUUGGUGCUGGAUGGAGCGGUGUUCCAAGUACAGUAGGCGGCAGGCCUGGGCCCGGUGCACCCGCAGGUCCCUUUAGCGGCUGGCGCCAUCACACCGACUCGGACAUCUGGGGCAAUGCCACAUGGGAGGAUUGGGAGCGGUUCUACGCACGUCGAGAUGGCGUGACACAACAAGCUCCUCGAUAUCUUUCCAACGGCAACUUCAUCCUCUGCGUCAUUCUACUCGCUAUGAUAGGUGCCUCGCUGAAUCUGAGUCGUGCGGAAACCGAGGGCGAUAAGGUGGUGGCAGCAAGAGAUCUGGUGCACGAUCGUGCGAGCAAGGAGUUGAGACGUGUGCGCCAGAUGUCGGAGAACAGGCCCAAAGAAGAACGUAUUCAGUUCUUCCUUAGGCAGAGAGAGGCUACCAUGCAUGGUGUCGGUGUCGAGAGCCUGAGGAAUGACAAGGUGGCUAAGCUGCUACCUGAGCAAGAGACGUGUCUCAGCGAUGAGCUUCGAACAGGCGAUCGCGAUACCUGAUACUUCUCUUUUGAGUGUAAAUAUACCAUAUCCCUGACGACCACAUAAACAGGACAUGGAGACGGCGUUUUGGCGUGCAGAAUUAAAGACGAUUGUUAUCUUGUUUUGUCUCGGAAUGGGAAGUUGCAAUCUGAAGUGACUUCCCGCUUGCGUAUCAGUCAUUGGAAACACAUUGUGCAUUUCCCCAGCUUCGGUGGGCGUCUGGGAACUUAGGAAGGAGUGAACGUGUACUUAUCGGAUUGCGCUCGUCGUGACAGAGCAUGUGUUUUUGUGCAGUCGUCUAGAUAGCUCAGAGAAAAUGGGCGUAUAUGCCAGAUUCUUAUAUCUCAGCACAUAUUUCGGCAUUCCUGUUGAAGAUGCUGAGAUCGU